AUGGCUUCUCCCCGCCCUCACAACUUCGGUCCCCAAGGCUAUCCCCUCGCGAACGGUGCGCCCCAGGCGGGCCCGCCACCUGGAGCGACGCCGCUCCUACCUAACAAUGGACGAGUGAUUCAGAACGGGCCCACCCGGAUUCUUUGCAUUGCUGAUGUCCGAGGAAACUUGAAGUCUCUGAAUGACCUGGCCAGACAGGCCCGCGCCGACCACAUCAUCCACACUGGCGACUUUGGUUUUUAUGACGACACUUCAUUGGAGCGGAUUGCAGACAAGCGUUUUUUGCUGCCCGACGCGAGAACAACACUUGCGUCAACCGACCACCGAAAUUGUAAUCUGGACUCAGCUAACCUCGUGGCUCACUUGCAGAACUCUCAAGCAUGUCGCUCAAUAUUCCCCCCUCUCUUACCUGAAGGCGUGAAGCGAGCUAUCGCACAAGUUCCUCCCCAACAGUCUAUUAAGCAGCGUUUCACCCCGGAUCAGUUGCCCCUCUCCGAAUUGUCGAUGCUGCUUGACAAGCGCAUCACUCUUGACGUCCCGGUCUACACAGUCUGGGGUGCCUGUGAGGAUGUUCGUGUGUUGGAGAAGUUCCGAUCGGGAGAAUACAAAGUUGAUAAGCUGCACAUUAUUGACGAGGCCAACUCGAGACUGCUAGACAUUGGCGGUGUGAAGCUCCGUUUGCUGGGUCUUGGUGGUGCGGUGGUCAUGCAUAAGCUUUUUGAUAACGGCGAGGGCAAGACAACUAUUGCUGGUGGCCAAGGCACUAUGUGGACUACACUGCUGCAGAUGGGUGAACUGAUCGACACCGCCAACCGCGUCUACGACCCAUCCGAGACCCGUAUCUUUGUCACCCAUGCCUCGCCCGCUCGCGAGGGCAUGUUGAACCAACUUUCUGUUACCCUAAAGGCCGACUUUUCGAUUUCUGCUGGUCUUCACUUCCGCUAUGGAUCAUCCUACAACGAGUUCUCGGUCAACCCCUCGCUGGAUCACUAUCGUGGCAAACUCGCUGCUUCCAAGGCGUCUUUCAACGAUGUCUGGGAGACUGUCCGUGGUGAGGUCGAGGCUGCAAUCUCUUCCAAUGAUGCUCAGAAGACUUUGCUUGACAAUGCUCUGAAUGUCGUCACCAAGAUGCCCUCCGUUGCUAGCGGUGGUAACCCAUUCGGCGGCCCCGUUGCCGCCGGCACUGGUGGAGGUCAGGUGGACGAAAGCGCCUUCAAGAACAUGUGGAAUUUCAAUCUUGCAGAUGCCGCAUUCGGUUACUUGGUUUUGGAGAUUGAAGCAGGACGGAUCGCGACUGAGAUGCGGGCCCAGGGAUUCAACUUCGCCCACCGCAGUGGCAAGCCUGCUGUUGGUGGUGCUCCCCAGACUGUCGCCGCGGCUUUGCCCGUGACCACUGCUUCUCCUGCCCCUACUGGAGCUGGCCGCCCCGUUGUUACUCCCCAGUUUGGCCAGGCUCCCCCCGCUCGUGCUCCUGCUCCUGGUCAGCAGCAAGCCCAGCCCAAGGGUCAGUCUGCUCGCGCAUCUCCCGCUCCGGUCGUUCCCAAGGUUUCGACCCCACAGCAGUCGGCUGCAGCUUCGGCCAAACCUGCUGGCGAGGAUAAGGCUGCCGCCGACACCAACGGUGGAACCCAUACCGAUACCGACUCCCCCACUACUCACAGUGAGAAGACAGGCCUCUUCGUGAAAGGUGUCGAAAGCGAGCAGGCUGUCCGGGAGCAACUGACCGCGGAAGAGAUUUCCAAGGUCGCGGAUUUCGAGAAGAUUGGAGGCAGGAACUAUGCUGUAAUCUUCCGUACACACCUUGAUGCCAAGUCUGUAUUGGACCGCUACAAAGAUCAGCCUCGAGCCAAGAAUCCCUUCUCGUGGUACAACCCACACCCCAGCCGUGUCAGCCAUGGCGCCGGCGGAUGGGGCCCCUCCCGCAACAGUGCCACUGCAAGUGACAGUGAUAACCAAGGAAGUGUAGGAGGCCGUGGCCGUGGCGGUCGUGGCGGUCGUGGUGGUGGUGGUGGCCGCGGCGGCCGUGGUGGGCGAGGUUCCUACAAGGACUCUAAUCCUACCGGAACCCACUCCAGUGACAAGCCCAAGUCUAAGCCCGCUGCCUCCGGCGAUGCUUGA